UGUCUGGCUGUGCGCAGGCGCAGAGAGAGUUUGCGCUGGGAUUUUCUCAGCCCUUUCGUUUGUUUAGGGAGAGCGGCAGGCUGCGCCCGUCUGCGGGAAAAAAGCCUACGGGACCCUCUCCUGCCUCCCGUUAGAAUGGGGCUCCGCUCGGGGGUCACUUACACACUCGGUAUCUUGUGUAUCAUUCUGUUGAUAGUGAGCAUUGCACUCCUGGUCGCUCAAGUCUUUCCGAAAGCCGUCGAGAAUUACGUUAAAAGGGAGGUACAACUAAAGAAUGGCACAGCCACCUUUGAGACUUGGAAAAAUCCUCCUCCACCAAUUUACAUGCAGUUUUACUUCUUCAAUGUCACAAAUCCUGAGGAGGUGCUUCAAGGAAAGAAGCCUUUUGUUGAAGAGAGGGGUCCUUACACUUACAGGGAGUACAAACCUAAAGAAAAUGUAACAUUCACGGAUGAUGGGAAACUUGUGUCUGCUGUUACCCCAAAGACGUAUGUGUUUGUUCCUGAGUUAUCAAUAGGAGAUCCGGAAGUUGACUUGAUUAGGACUGUGAAUAUUCCAGUUGUGACUGUCAUCAAUAUGGCCAAAUCUUCUAGUUAUCGAAUUUUAUUGGCAGAGGCUCUGCUAAUGGUUGAAAAAGAGAGUCUUUUUACAACACGAACAGUACAUGAGUUACUUUGGGGCUACAAAGAUCCAGUACUUACUGUCAUUCAUUACAUCUUAAGUGAUGUUGAUGAAUACUUCGGCCUCUACAAUAAGAUGAAUGGAACAGAUGAUGGUGAUUAUCUCUUUCUCACUGGAAAGACGAACUAUAAAAAUUUUACUCGAAUUUUAGAAUGGAGAGGCCGCCAGUCCUUGGAUUGGUGGACAACGGACACGUGCAAUAUGAUCAAUGGCACUGAUGGUACCUCCUUCCACCCAUUAAUACUGAAAAAUGAAACACUUGCUUUCUUCUCUUCAGAUCUUUGCCGAUCUCUCUAUGGCAUUUUUGAGCAGGAGCUCAGUGUUAAAGGGAUACCAGUCUUUCGUUUCGUGAUCCCAAGUAAAGUUUUUGACAACAGUUCUGCAAACGCUGGGUUCUGUGUUCCUGCUGGCAACUGCCUGGGAGCCGGUGUACUGAAUGUAAGCGUAUGCAGGCAAGGUGCUCCAAUUAUUAUUUCUUCUCCGCACUUUUACCAGGCAGAUCAAAAAUAUAUUGAUGAUAUUGAAGGAAUGCAUCCAAAUAAAGCUGACCAUGAAACUUAUCUGGAUGUAAAUCCUCUCACAGGACUCCUCAUAAGGGCAGCAAAACGAGUUCAGAUCAAUGUUUAUAUUGAACAAGUAACAGGAUUUCAUCAGACUGAAAAUGUUCAGUCACUGAUCUUUCCUGUGAUGUAUCUAAAUGAGAGUGUUUUGAUUGAUGAUGUGUCAGCUUCCAAGGUGAAGUCCAUGCUCCUGCUGACAGAAGUGACAACUGCGAUUCCGUUUAUGAUGAUGGGUCUGGGACUACUGUAUGGAUUGAUCUUCAUCAUACUCGCAUGCACUAGUCGUAAUGAGGACAAGGAGCAGGGAUCGGAAGCAGAAAGAGCACCUCUGUUGAAUUCGUCAUGAAUAUGCCAACACCUCCAGCUGUGAUCAAAAACAGCAAAGCAACUAAUAUAUGUUUGUCUUGAGUUCCUUCUUGCAUCUUCUGGAGUUCCACAACUUAGCAGUCUGGUCUAUGAAAUUUCAUGUAACCGAUUGUUAAUUUUUCAUGGUUUAACUUGCAAAAUUGUGGGUUGAGGAUAUAUAAUGCUACUUCUAGGUUACAAAAUUGAGUUUAAAAACUUCAAUAAUGAUGCAAUCAUAAUGACAUUAAAGGAGACAAGGCAACUCAGUUUUGCAACAUUCAUUGCCAAAGCUAACUUCUAUAGAGACAGAGCAACCAUUUGUAGCUAAGCAUUUUAGCCUUCAUCACUUGUGAUAGUAUCAAUGUUACUCUUCGGGAUUUCUAAGCAACUUUCAUUCUGUAAAUAUUGAUAUAUGUGUAAUUUAGCAAUUUUAACUCCGUUGUAGAAAAUGGGCACUGAUUUUGGGUGACUUUUUUAAUUCCAAGAGAGCUGGUUUGUUGGUGAGCUGUUAUUUUCUUUUUCUAUCCAACACUUCUUGCCCUCCCUGCUUGCACUUUAUUCAGAAUUUGCACACAUUCAUUUUUAAGAUGAAACUUAACAAAUUAAAUGGUUGCGGUUAAAUGGCGUAACUUUGUGUGUGGAUGCAAAUCCCAAAGUUACUCCAGCACUCUCAUAAGUUGGUUGACUGUGAUUCUUUAUAUUAAAAAAAACCCCUUCUGAUGAGUUCAUAGUGAAUAUUGUUGUGUACUUGGUUCCUUUCAAUGUAUUUGAGCUGCCCUUUGUUGCCAAAGUUAUGCAGAACGUAAUAAAAUGAGUUGGAAGGAGGUUACCUUCAGCCAUCCUUUCAAUGAUGUGCUUUUGAACCCAGUGAUAGGACUGUAGAUCAGUAUGAAAUAUGCUUCGGGUAAGGCAGAAAAUGUCUUUGAUAUACUAGAAAUUUAUGUUCAAAUAAAGUAAUGCAGAGGUUCAAUUUUAAUCCUCAACUUAGCAAUCAGCUGGUGAUUCACUUGUGUAAUUUAUAAUCAAGCUAGGCCCUCCUAAUAAUUUUGUCAUCAGGAAUGGCUGUUAGAAUCACUCACUUGUGUCUGGCUUCAUGCUAAAGAUGUACAACUAAGUAGCACCAAAAGUGUAAUUGCCAGGAAAGCAGUGUCAAGUGUGUUCCUGAUGAGCCUUUGCUUUCUUCCAUCUGUACAUUGUGUUUGCACUCAUUACUAAAUAAUGGACUCCUGUAUAGUUUUUUUUAUAUAUAAGGAAUAGGAUUUUAGAAAUAAACACAACACACAUUCCUUGCAUUUUGGCAUUAUAUGUAACUGCUGGGCCAUAUUAGAUAGUGCAGAAUGUCUGUCUAUUUCACUGUACUGACAAAACAGAAAUAAAUCUGAUGUUCAA